GGCAAGGAACUGUCAAGUGCUCGAUAGUUUGGUACAGUCAGCUGAUGGCAAAAUGCAAUUACACGCUUUCUGUGAUAUUUAAUGAAAUCGCUUGCAAUUUUCUUGCGCAACUGUGAAAUUCCUUGAGAGCUAUCGACUCGCAACCUGCUCAUCUUCUAUUUGUAUUUCGUGAAAGGAUUUUGGCGAGGUAGACAUACAAGGAUUUUUAUACUCAUUUAGAUAAAUCUAAACUGACAGGAUCAAAAUGCCUUUAAGCGCAGACAUAUCCACGGCGCUCCAUUUAUUGGAGCAUGUUCAAGAAAGAGUGGAAGACUGCGACGAUCCUAAGCUACAGAUGCAUACAACACAGGAUAUCAGAUCUUUAAUUUCCCUACUGGAAGAUCCAGUAUUUCGAAGUAUAGUGACAAUUCAAGACUCCCUAAUCGAGUUGAAUACUCAGUUAGGACAACAUCCGUCUAUUUUGCCUGGAGAUUUUGACAUCAGUAUCAGUGGACAAUUGGAGCUCUCAGUUCCCAGCACACCGGUGCAGCCACUUGGACCAAAUAUGUACCAGGAUUUAUAUCAAGAUAGUAGCGAAUUGGAGGACCAGAGGGUUCCUGUUGGUCCAUUAGUGCACAGCAGCAGCGAGGAUACUAGUGCACAAGUUACAAGUCCUAGCCUUGUGUCGGAGGUUAUGGGAAUGCCUCCAAUUACAACUACAACCUAUGCUAAGGAGUUCAAGAAGGUCAUCGAAGCCGCCGCAAGAGGUCGCCAGAUAUUCACUGUGCAGCUGUAUAAGCCAGAGGGGACCAGCCUGGGGUUCAGUGUCGUUGGUCUACGCAGUAAAGACAAAGGGGAACUUGGCAUAUUCCUGCAGGAGAUACAGCCCAAUGGCAUAGCAGGCUGUGAUGGUCGAUUGGUAGAAGGAGAUCAGAUAUUGGCGAUAGAUGGACAGCCACUAGACUCGAACAUCUCUCAUGAGCAGGCAAUCUCGAUUCUUCAGAAGGCACGUGGUCUGGUUGAGUUGGUCGUAGCGAGAAGCGCCCAAGACAUUGGGAGUUCCUUGCCGACGGAUGAAUUGUCCGGAGGUUCGAGUUCGACAACGGCCGCGGGAGCAGGUGUGUCCAUCGUCGGCGGCGUUGUCGGUGCGGCGACCAACCAGACCAGCUCCGACAAGAAUCAAUCGGUGUCAGUAUCGUCCGUCGUUACACCGGCGCCGACCCCGAAGUCUAGCCAACCAGCCAGCACCACCUCGGCGGCAACACCGACACCGACACCAACGCCGACACCCACACCGACCUCAACACCGGUACCCGGAAGCCUCGUUGUCGAAAGGAGCCCCUCCGCCGUCAGCGACGCCUCCAAGAGUGGCUCUGACAUGGUGCUGAACACGGAAUGGGCACAAGUUGAAGUUAUAAAUCUAAUCAACGAUGGCAGCGGUCUUGGAUUCGGAAUUGUCGGUGGGCGCAGCACCGGCGUUGUCGUCAAGACAAUCCUCCCCGGAGGCGUCGCAGAUCGAGAUAAUCGGCUGCAGAGCGGGGACCAUAUAUUGCAAAUCGGCGAUGUCAAUUUGCGGGGAAUGGGAAGUGAACAGGUUGCCGCGGUUCUGCGACAAUCCGGCACACACGUGCGCCUCGUUGUCGCGCGACCUGUGGAACCAACUUCACCUGACUACCAGGCACUCGGUAGCCACGCUCCUAUCGUACCUACGAAGAUUCUCGGCGACCCGGAUGAGCUGGAUCGCCACCUGGUGCACAGCGUGCCGGAGACGUAUAACAUACGUCACGUGCAGAGCGAUACGGCAUACGACAACGGCUACAUGUACUCGCAGGAAUCCGACGUCGAGAUGCAUGCGAGACCUGGUCUCAUCAUGGACGUAGUACGCAAUCCAAUGCCAAUUGGAGCGAUCCCAGUGAUACCGGCGGUCCCAGUGCAGAUCCCUGAGCUGCCUGUUCUCACCAUGGACACCAUCGACGUUAAUUCACUGCCAGAAAUGGAACGCUUUACCGUCGAGCUUAAGAAGGACAUUUACGGCCUUGGGAUCACUAUUGCUGGAUACGUUUGCGAAAAGGAGGAGUUGUCGGGUAUUUUCGUAAAAAGCAUCAGCGAGGGUAGCGCGGCCGAUUUGAGCAACAAGAUCCAGAUCAACGAUAGAAUAGUGGAGGUAGACGGCCAUUCUUUACAGGGUUACUCGAAUCACGAGGCUGUCGAAGUUUUAAGGCGCACCGGGCAAACGGUAGUUUUAUGCCUGGAGAGAUAUUUACGUGGACCAAAGUACGAGCAGCUUCAACAGGCAAUUGCGGCCAGCGAACUGAGACUACCUCAGCCCAGCUCGCCAUCGAUAACAAGUCUACCAAGCUUUCCCAUUAGUGCUGAUGGAGAAACUACUACCGAGAUAGAACCGGAAGGCGAGUCACACACAACCGUAGACAGCGCUGUCCUCCAAGAAGGUGAACGUGAAAGGGCCUCCGAAGAACUGGAUGAUGCAGCUAACGUGGAGGCUCUAUUGAGCGAUCCAUCCAGCGAGCUGACGCCACAAAUUCGGGCCGCGAUCAAGUCCAAGUGGCAGAAGAUCGUUGGUCCAGACACGGAAAUUGUGGUGGCACAGCUGAAGAAGUUCGCAGAGGGUAGCGGUCUUGGGAUCAGUUUGGAAGGGACGGUGGACGUGGAGAACGGCCAGGAAGUGAGACCUCAUCAUUACAUACGAUCGAUACUUCCGGAGGGACCUGUAGGACAGAAUGGAACGCUGCGUUCAGGGGACGAAUUGCUAGAGGUGAACGGAUAUCGGUUGCUCGGUAUUAAUCAUAUGGAAGUAGUUAGCGUGUUAAAAGAAUUACCUAUACACGUUCGUAUGGUUUGCGGGAGGAACAUCGCGUCGCAAGAUCCUCUCUGCCCCAUCGAUACUGCUCAACAUCAGGCUGCGUUCCAGACCAGAAGCAUUCUUGGAGGAUCUCUGCAAAAUUUAUUGCCAACUAUGGAUCGUCUGGUGAAGGCCAAGUCCGAUGGUUCGCUGGCCUCGACGACGACCACGGCCACCGUGACCGACGCCAGCUUGAACAAGAUGAAAUCACGUUCUCUGGAACCGUUGACUGGCCUUGCGAUGUGGAGCUCCGAGCCGCAAAUCAUCGAAUUGGUAAAAGGAGAGCGGGGCCUUGGGUUCUCCAUUUUGGAUUAUCAGGAUCCAAUGAACCCCAACGAGACUGUGAUAGUAAUAAGAUCCCUGGUGCCUGGAGGUGUGGCCCAGGUGGACGGGCAACUGAUACCAGGCGAUCGCCUUUUGUUCGUCAACGAUAUCGCUCUGGAGAACGCGACCUUGGACCAGGCGGUGCAAGCACUGAAGGGAGCCCCGAAGGGCACCGUUCGCAUCGGCGUGGCCAAGCCGUUGCCAAUACCCGACAGUAUUGUCCAGAGGGUGCCGCCGAUUUGUCCCGUGAGACGCAGCAAAAGCUUCCCCAACGAAACCGAAACGACAGAUCACGCAGCCGAGCUCGAGGAUUUCCUCUCCUCAAGAUCAGGAGUUACGGAGCUGUCGAUGGACAAGCCAGAGACGGACGAGGAGGACGAGGACCACUGGAAGGACGCUUCCCCGCUUACGCCGACCUGCAGCCCCGCGAAGCGUUCCCUGAAACCAUUCGACGAGCCAUCGAGGACUGUGGAGGCCGACGUCCACGAGUUCCAACCCUCCAGCGGCCCCUCAUCCCCCAAAAGAGACGUUCUCGCCAGUGGAACAUCGCCAGAAACGAAGUACGGUCAGGACGUGGCCACUGAAGUCGAGAAAGCAACGCCCAAAGUGAAGUUAAAGCGAGAGCCACUGGUCGAAGACGAGGAGGAACGAUCGAUACAAAAAGUGCCUGAAACCGAAACGUCUGUCCAGAAGCGCACAGACCAGGAGAGAAGGAGAGGCUUGAGGCGCAUGGACUCGGUGGAUAGGAUGUCCAUGUCCAGGGAGACCCUGACCAGGAGGGACUCCGCGGAGAAGGGCGCCAAGAAGAAGAUACUCAAGGAUAACGAGGCCAGAACAUCUAGAAGAAGAGUAGACGAGGAGGUGGAUUCCAAGAGGUUGGACUCUAUAGGCAGCGAAGGAUCCACGAAGAGGAGGGAUGAGGAGACGAGGUUUUCGAGGGAGCACAGGAAGAGCCUCAAGGAGCAGGAGUGCAUCGAGAGGGUCACGGAGUUCCUGGCGAAGCAUAGUUUGGGGUACACGGAGGCCCCUAGCAUUGUUCCAGAGGCCAUGGGCCCAGAAAUCAUUCAACCGAUCAGUAAGCCUCCAGAUAUCCCCAAAGAACAAGCUCAGCGUCCAUCCACUCUAAUCGAGCCUCGUCCUUCUAAAGGAACCAUGGAAGAUAAGAAAGAAGUCGCUCACAAGUCACCUGAGGAGUCGAAGGCCUCCAAGACGCCUUCCUCGGUAGAAUCUGAGAAGCCCAUACCACUGGAACGAGUUUCAGUGACCGUCGAGGAGCUGAAGGUGGUGACGAGUCCCGAAGCAGAGACGUCAGGGACGAAGAGGAGGAGCUCGAUGCGCAAACGAACCUUCUCCAGGGAGUCCUCCAGGGAAUCCUUGCUGGACGACACCAAGAAGGAAGUCAGGAUACAGGAGAACGUCGAGGAGAUCUUCUUCGAGGUCCCCUGCGAGCAGGUGGGGAUCCUCGCAGAGAUUCAACUUGUGAAGGCCAGGAUCAUCACCGCUGAAGAAGCAGCUGCCAACCGAUUAGAAGAACCCGCUGCCAGGGUAGAGGUUCACUCUCCACCGGAAAUAGUCUUCGUGUCGGACGCUUUGAGGGUCAGAACAGGGCGUGUGCCCUCCCCAGAGACUGUGGACAAGUCUUUGCUGCAACUGGCGAGCCUGGCUAAGUCUACUUCGGAGAAUACUCUGGUUGGAUCGAGGGAGCAACUGGAGGAAGAGAACAAGGUGUCCCAGAGGAACAUCAAAGCUGAGAUACUGUUGGAUUUGUCGAAGGUGGACGUUGGCGAGGGGACGAAGACCGAUGGCGAGAGGAAGGAGAGGAAACUGAGUAGGACGGGCAGCGAGGGGUCAAAGAGGGCUGCCCUGAGGGCUCAGGCCAGGGCGAAGGAGACGGAUGGGUUCAGGAUUGGGAGCUUGGCGCAACCUGAUCAACCUGAGCUUACGGUUCUGGUGGAGACCAAGGCGGAGAGGAAGAGAAGUCUUGACGACGUGGGGGAUGGACUGGUCGAGGAUGCUAAAAAGCCUGAGGACCAGAGCCAGUCGAGUCCGCGACUGACAGAGACCGAACCAGAGGAGCCAGCGGGGAAGUCCCCCGAAGUUGAACCGAUCCAGAGGGACGAGAGGUCAGAGGAGGAACCGAGCGACCUAGAGAAGGACCCAGAAGAGGAUCCGGGGCCUGGUGAUUAUGACAGGAUCCUCUGGCAGCAGAGGUGCCCGCUGCUGGAGGAAACAGUCGCCAGAUCCGAGGAGGACAGCCUCAUCAGCAAGGAGCACUCUCUGGAAUACCAGAGCCAGACCCUAGAGAGCCAAUCGGAUCAUCUGUUGCACCAAGUGCUCUCGUCCUCCUUGGAGGAUCUGCUCAGAUCCGUCCCCGAUUGUUGGCCGGAGUCGCAAGACAAAGCCGUUGAAGAAGUCGAGCGUAGCUUCAAGGAGACCCAGUACUCCCCGAAGGAGAAGUGCGACGCGGAGACACAGACCGAGCAGGAGACAAAGAGCACCCAGUGCAGCCCCGAACAGAGCAUCGUCAGUCCAUCCGAGGUCUCCAGGGACAGCCCUCUGCAGAGGAGAUACUAUCAGAGCCCUAGGAGGGAGGUCCAGACACAAACCCAGGGGGACAGCAAGAGCGUUCAGUGCUGUUUGGAUGAUUUGGGAGGACUUGGGUUCUCGAAGACUUCAGAGUUAGGGGAUUCGUUCGAUAGCCCGUCUAGAUCCGAGAGGAGCCAGGUGAAGGAGUCCAAGAGCGUACAGUGCAUACCUGAGGAUAUCUCUACUAGUCCUGGCAAGUCCAUCAGCAGCGUCGCCUGCUCGCCUUCUUUGGACAGGUCCUUCCGCAGUCCCCGAAGGGAGGUCGAGGUCCAGACAGUCCAGGAGUCGAAAGCCAUCCAGUGUAGCGACGAUGAGUUGUUAGAGGCCGAGUUCGUGGACAGUGGUUAUCAGCCACGGUUACAGAGCCGACCGGUGAGCUCCGUGUCCCAGAAGACCGAGAGCUCGGGGUCCUCCAGCUGCGGCUCGCCCUGCAGGAUUCCAGCGGUCGUUUUCGCUGACGAGAGAGUCGACAUGACGGUCACUCACCAGGUCCACGACGGGAACAUCAACUGGUCCAAGCACUGGGGCCCUGAGCGGUUGGUGGAGAUCUACAGGGAGCCAAAGACUAGUCUGGGGCUGAGCAUCGUUGGUGGAAAGGUCGACCUGCACAAUGGCAGUUCUAGUAAGUCUCAGAACAUAUCCGGGAUAUUCAUAAAGAACGUUUUGCCGAACAGUCCCGCCGGAAGAACCGGCGAAUUGAAGGUCGGAGACCGCAUAAUCGAGGUCGAUGGCGUGGACCUGCGACAUGGCACGCACGAGCGGGCGGUUGAGGUCAUACAAGCCGCCGGAAAUCCUGUCUGUCUUCUCGUCCAGUCUCUGGUGCACCUGAACGAGAACGAAGAGCAAAGCGACGAAGGUGGCAGGCCAGGAAGAAGGCAGAGCACCAGGAAUCGACUGCCUGCAUCUGGUGCAGCUCCUGGGACACCCACGACGUCCUUUCGUCAAAAACCAUCCCCUGUCUCUCCAGCCGGGUCCACCACGCCGGAAGUGACACAGGGAGGAUUCGAGGACGAAGACAGGCAGAGUAGCUCGAGGUCGGAUUUCAGAAGACAAAGUACAAGAUCUUCAGAUGGCGCGGGGACCAGUGCGCGAAGAUCCUCCAUGAAGAAGUCGAUUCGGAAAAAGGCACCGUCACCGCCUUCUAAUCCCGGCAUUCUGCGAGAAGUGAGCGAGGAGAAGGAAGACAAUGGUGCGAAGGAGGAAGACAAGACCCCAAAAAAGAAGUAUUCCUCGGACGAGAGCUCGGAGGAGGAGGACACCAGAGACCUCGAGGGAAACGUCUACACUAAAGCUGGCAUGGAGAUUUCGAGGAAAAGCGCUGGAAACGUGAAGCGCACGAAGCAGGAGAUCGAAGCCGACCCAGAACAAGAGGAUGAAUUCGGUUACACGAACAUGAAAGUCCAAAAGAAGUACCACUCGUUGGGAAACAAAGUGAUGUUAGUGAAGGUGGAGAAGGACAGGUGCGGUUUGGGAAUUUCACUUUCUGGGCACAAGGAUAGAAAUCGAAUGGCGGUGUACAUUUGUGGCCUUAAUCCGAAAGGUUCAGCUCAUAAAGGAGGCCAGCUGGCGGUUGGCGACGAGAUACUCGAGGUGAAUGGCUGUGUACUGCAAGGAAGAUGUCACUUGAAUGCAUCCGCUCUCAUCAAAGGCAUGGCUGGCACAUGUUUCAAAGUUGUCGUAGUACGGAGGAGUACAGGUAUCGAUAAUCUCGCAGUCAAACCGAUCGUUCAGUUCCCUCCGGCUUUGGACGACUCGGAACUGUUCAAACACUAUAAAGGAGUACGCAGCAUGCCCGUGAAAAAGGGUCAGUACGGACUAGGUAUAAUGAUCAUCGAAGGAAAACACGCAGAGGUCGGCCAAGGUAUAUUCAUCUCCGAUAUACAAGAAGGCAGCGCCGCGGAGCAGGCUGGCUUGAAUGUGGGUGACAUGAUCCUGGCUGUCAACAGGGACUGCUUGUUGGGUUCGACCUACGAUGAGGCUACCAGUCUCUUGAAAAAGGCUGAAGGGGUUGUGACCCUAACAGUGUGCAAUCCUAAUCAGAGCAAAGUUGCGAAGGAAGAGGAAGAUAGAGCGAAAGGCAUUAUUCCAGAACCAGAGAAAGCUGCACCGAAAGAACCAGAGAAGCCAAAGGAACCCGAGCCACCACAAGAUCCAAAAGAUUGUAAGAUACAGCCAGGAAGGGACACAACGAUAGAAUUCCAGAAGGACAAAGACAAGGGCAUAGGCUUCACUAUAGCUGGGGGCUCUGACACGCCAUGCAAAGGAGUCUUUAUCAUCGAGGUGUUUCCUGAUGGAGCAGCUGGCAAAGAUGGCCGACUACAGGCUGGCGACCAAAUACUUGAUAUGUGUACCAAUAGUUUCAAAGAAAUCGAGCAUGAGAAGGCACACGCGACUGUCCUGAAAGUAGCAGGAACUAUCACGAUGGUGGUGCAUCGACACGAGAAAGCGGAAGAAGAAAUUGACGUUGAAUUGCAAAAGAAAUCCGGCAAAGGAGCUGGCCUCUGUUUGACGGGAUACAAGAGUGGCAAGGGGGCAUAUGUAUCAGAUCUGAUACCUGGUGGUAGCGCUUUGGAAAGUGGGAAAAUCUGCAAAGGAGACAGAGUGGUGGCAGUGGGUGGCACAGACGUUCGCGAAGCACCAGUCGAGGACAUCGCGGUCCACGUGAAAGUCUCCAACCCGGUGCAAUUGAAACUUGCUAGGUACACGUCCGCCAAGCAAUGACAGGGUUCUGCAGGCGGAACUCUGAAGACGAAUCUUUGGAUACGAAUCCCCCACAGACACCGCGGACUCUAGUGUUACGUAACUGACUAUACCAAAGUAAUUAUAAAUAUAGGUACCGUUUACUAUAAGUAUCAUAAUUCUAUGAAACAAAAGAGAGGGAAAAAAGAACUAAGAAACCGGAGAGCAAGUCGAUCGUAUUAGUGAUAUCGUUUCAUCGAUGCGAUCUACGUUCUUACUACGUGACCGACAUUUUUCACGCCGAGAAACCAUGAAACGCGACCUACGAGAUGACAAAUCGGAGCGUUUCGCGGCCGAGCAGAGGUUAACACGCGACGAACAAUACAAUUUUAUAGCGACCCGGCGAAUUGAAGCCUGUUCAAUGCGAUUCAUCGACGACAAACCGCGUCGAACUUGUAAAGAUUCCGUCUGCCAUGAUCAACAUCCGGCAUAGUAGUUGAUACGAAAGCCACGUUAUACCGCAUACUAUUUAGCGACGACAGAGUAUUUAUGCAGUUAUAGAGAGUAAUAUUGUAACAGACGGGACUACGGUGAACGGUUUACGUGCUGGUAAAAAGGAGGAGAGCCUGGAGAAGGGUGACAGAGAACCCCCCGAAACACUGAGGAUGACUUGGAGGAUCCCUCUACUUCAGAUAGGUAUUUCAAAAAUUAUUUUGGGGGUGAAGUACAUGUUGAAUUGUUUUGAAAUUUUAAUUGUGAAUUUGUUAGGUGUUUUAGGAGGUUUGUAAAUUUUUGUAGCUGUAUAGUCCAUGCACAGGGGCGUCUAGACGCUUUGGGUUGUGAAGCUAUGAGAUGUGUCUUCUAGGCACCCUUAUGCUUCGAGAAGUACUCUCCAGAGCAAGCAUCUUCAAAUCAUAAAAAUGAUUGUAUUUCUAUGUCAAUUCUCCCUCCAAAAAUGGUAGAGUUGAUUCACCUCUAUUUCCAAAUCUUUUACAAAACAAUUUAUAUCUUACAAAAUAGUAAGCCGAAAAGUAAGCCCUUCUUAUUUCACACUUCCAAAAAGAAUGUAAAAACAAAAAUAGUGGUUUUGAGUUGUCGAUGGUGAGGCGAUCCCCUCGUGGUGCUCUUCAGGGAACAGAGUAGUUACGUGACCUGUAGCCAUUUUCUCGAGUCUCCUUUCCUUUCGAGGCCAGUUCAUCGUGUCUUCAUACAAAACCAGAGAUCUUGCUUGUACGUUUCGUAUUACUUACGUUUAAGUUAGGCGUAUUAGAGAGAAUUAGGGGUCGCGUGAUCCGAAGCGCGCGUCUUACCAUCUGUGACUUUCGCGAUGAAAUUAUGAGAGUCUUCGAGAUCCUUCGGAGAGACUUUCGUGGAGAAGUCGAAGAGAAAAAUUAUGGUUGAUUUCUAGUAGCACUUAAGGAACGCUCACGCUCCACAUAAAUAAAAUAUUAAAUUGUUUCUACCCCAAUGGAGACUAUUAUAAUUUGUAAUACUUGAUGCUAUUGAAAUUUAAUAUACAGUGUAAACAAAUACCUAUAUGUUAAAAAGUUAAAUCGUAAAUUUAAAAAUUAGUUGUACAUUUGGUUUGAUUAGAAAAAUUUAUGAGGCAAUGAAGCAUAAGCUAUAUUCCGUUAUGCUUUAGAUUUCAAUUUAAUGUGAAAGAUUUUGAGGGAAGUUUCUUGAGUGCUAGUGUAAAUCAGAUCGAAUCUCUCGAAGGAUCAACAGAGACCACACAAAGAAGAUUCAAGUGAUUCAGCUUCGACGAAAGCAAUCGUUCGCGGAAGACUUGUUGAAAACACUAGAGCGGCUUGUUGAUUGCGUGUAGUUCAAUUUAUCCUAUUAUCCUAGUCCUUAGCGUAGAUUUUCAACGGGAGAGAGAGGGGGAGAGAGAGAGAGAGAGAGAGAGAGAGAGAGAGAGAGAGAGAGAGAGAGAGAGAGAGAGAGAGAGAGAGAGAGAGGAGCGCGUGAGAACGACAGAGAGAAGAGUAGUAUACGUACAGUUGCGUGAAGACUCGAAUGCACGUUCAUUUGAGCGAAAGAUGGUGGAUGAAUCGAUCAUUUUUUGGUCGAAUUUAAUCGUGGCGAGAUAUUCACGACUCGAUGCAUGGCACGAGUGACCAUACUUCUCGUUGGUGUCCUUUUGGGAUGUUCGAAUUGAUUCGGGUGAAAUGAUGAUUUUUUGGUGGUAGCGAUAAAUAUUUAUUUGUUAAAACAAACAGUCGAAAAUAACUAAUAGCAGUUUGUUUAAAAUUUGCAAAAUGCCCCAGUUUAAUUAAAUUCAUUCCUCCAGUUCUGUGAUCAGGAAUUAAUUCCCAUCACUGUUAUAUACAGUGAGUGUAGAAAGUAUUCGUACAUCGAUCAAUUUCCAAAAAAAAACUAUGUAAAAUUGUAAUUUAUUAAUUUAUUUUUUAUAAACAAUGUCAUUCUACAUAUUCUCGGAAAUCUCUGGAAUAGAUAUUUUACAAAAAAGAUAGCUAUUUAUGUAAGUUGCGAAAUUAACAAGAAAAAAACAAUUAAUCGAUAGAAAUGUUGAAGCAAUAAGUAUUCGCACAACUGUUUAAUUUUUAACACUUGAUUAAAAAAAAAAAGAAAUUUACAUUAAUUUAUAAGUAUAUAAUAUUUCCGUCGUGGGAUUUCCUUUUGAUUCUAUAAUUAUUGCAACUUUUCUAAACAUUAAAUUAACUAAAUUAUUACUUAUUCGAAGUGGGAUCUUUUUCCAUUCCUCUAUUAGAACCUUUUUUAAAAGUACUUUGCUGGAAAUUUGAUGUUUUCUAAUUCUUACGGAGCAAUAAACUAAUGUGUUUACGUUACAAACUCUACUGUAAAUGGUUCGUCGUAAAAAUCGUACAAAUACUUAUUGCUUCUAUACUUUUACCUACUUUUCGCCUUUUCUUUUAUUAAUUUCACAAAUUAUAUUAACUAGUAAAUGUUGUUUGGACUAUAUUUAUCUUAGAGACUUCCGAGAAUAUGUAAAAUAUCAUUGAUUAUAAAAAAAGAAGUUAAGAAAGUACAAUUUCAUACAAAAGGUUUUUGGAAAAUUGAUCGGUGUACGAAUACAUUCUACACCCACUGUAUUUCUUCAGCUCGAGCAAUAUGAUAUUCCCCACCAUUGCUACGCUUAUUGAUAAUCUGUGGCCCCAUUUUCAAACACUAUCCUUAAAUAAUAUUCACGAAUUUCCAAGAAAUGAACAACCAGAAAAUCAUUGUUUAAUCCGAAGAAUUUGGCAAGUAUUAAAGUAUAUUGUCUUGUUCGACUUAAUUGUUACACGCACUCGUGCCUGAAUCGAACUUCGCUUGUCUCGUGAAGCACGGGAACGUUUAGUGUUAAUCUCGCGAAAGAAAGCAUACAGGGUGACUCGUUUUAAUUUACAAGCUGGUAUACUUGUGGAGUUAGGUUGAGGAAAUUGAAUACUUGGAGGCUAGAAGAGGUUCGAGGUCAUUUAUACUACGAAUAAUUACUUGUGAAUGGUGGGAAAAGAAGUACAGGUGUUAAGGUCAUUUCAAUGUCACUAAUAUAUUGAGUAACAUUUAUUUUUUAUUGAAUCUUUGGAAAUAAACAACGAAACAACUAAAUAUAUAAUAUUUAUCAUUUGAUAAAUAAUCACAAGUUUAAUAACUAGUGUACUAAUUAUUCGAGUAUUUUAUCGUACAAAGUAGGUAAAUAAAUUUAUUAACUACAUACAUUGAGAAUAUUAAAGCAAAUAUAUAAUUCUAAUUCUAUUUAUCGAAGUAAAAGUUCUUGAAGAUGACUGCCAGUAGAGGUGACCUUGAAGUGUCCUUGAGGCUUUCAAUCAUUUUACACCAUUCCCAAUGCAUCGCCUCCUCGAUUUUUCCAACUCCAAUCAAUUUUUCCAACUCCAAUCAAUUUCUUCCGCUCAACCUGGUUUCCGAAACGAUAUAUCAGCUCGUGGAUCAUAAUAUAUCACCCUGUGGAUCUAGCUAUCAGCAAAUUGCACCGUAACAGCUAGUCGUUCGUUGUUCGUUGCUUUUGAUUUCGAUACACGACAUCGAAUUCAAGUCGAGCCCACACGAAAGCGAGCCAACGAAAUAGCAAGCUAGUCAGCGAUCUAAAACAAAAAAAAAAAACAAAAACCAAUGAACAUUUGAAGUCACAAGUAUUUAUAUAAAUGCAUAUAUAUUAUAUAUAUAGUAUAUACAAAUAUUUACAAAACGCUUUGUUAAUUAACACGCCGGAUCGAAAUCAAAGGUAAUAAUACGCAAAUGAUAAUUAUUGCACCCGCCUCCGUAAAGCAGUUGGUUCUGUUUACAUUGGGGUGGUCCUUAUUUUAAUGAUUUUUGAAAUUUAUGUUAUUUAGUCUAUAAAUACUUUGCAGAUGUAUCAAAAAAACUGUAUCAAAAUUCUUCUUUCGAUAACAAUUUAUAUUAAAAACAUUGAAGAUAAUAUUACAAACAUAAUUUAAAUGGAGGAAACAACUUCAUAUUCACUUGCCUGGUAUGCAAGAAAAUAAUUGAGAUAAAAAUAAAAAAUGUUUAGAGGUUGUUUCUAUAAUUAUAAAGAAGAAUUGAAAGAAGUGAAAGAAUUGCAUUAAUUUUCCAUUUGAAACUUUCGAGGGUCCAAUAGAUAUAUUAAUGUUAAAAUAAAACGCUCAAAUUUUGCAGGAAUUUUUUGUUUAUAUAUUUGCAAGGCAUCCAGGUAGCGUAACAUAGAUUUCAAAAAACAUUAAAAUAAUAACCACGCUAAUUUUGGUGCACCGCGUGUUAUGAAACGAUGAAUAGCAUCGUUGCGCAACGGGGAAACGUUUGAUUGUAAAAUGGCGGCGUGAUGGGGAGAAUUGGGGUCUGAGAUAGAAGAGAGGGGACGAGGUGUGGAAUUUUAUUCGUCGUUGAGUAACGUUUAGAGGGAUUUAGAGCGUUUUGCAAAUUAAUAGCAGGGGAGGAAGCGUUACUCCUCAAAACACGCGCCUUCGAAAUUCGGGGAGCAAUACAAUCGAGCCACUUUUACAGUCAACGACUUAAAUUAUUCUUAUUAUGAGUAUUGUUAGCAUUUGUCAUUAUUAUUGCCAUUGUCAUUAAUUAUUAUAAUUAUUAUUAUUCACGGUCACUGUCAUUGUAGCGCGGCACUGUCGAAGGUACGAAGAGAACAUUUGAUUAUAGAGCGCGGAUGAACAGAUCGAGAUCUAUUAAAAGCAUUCAUUGCAAAGUGGCAAUAUAAAACGAUCCCAUGUG